GUCCUGACCUCAGCGAAUGUCAAGUAUCCUUCUCCGAGUCUGGCGCAACGGUCAAGGCACUGUGACAUGUGGUUGAAUCCGGAUGCUGCUGAAUGUGAGUACCUUUGAUUGGACGUGGAAGUACGUGAUGCGGAAACGGGUAUGUUCAAAACAUCCGCACACCGCACAUCCGUACGUGUAGUGCAUAAAAGUGCAUUCGAGUCGAGUGCACUUCAAGCAAAUUCACCGGGCACACAGAACGUCAAUACGCUUAUCACUGCUUGUAACAUCGUUAUUUCAACAUGGCCUCUUCGUCAUUCUCUCGCCCGUUUUCCCUGGCUGGUCCAGGCGGAAUCAGGCGUUCACUUUCGCGCUCAAACUCGUGUCCUUUCAUCCACGCCAACGCGGCAUCCACAUCCUCUACCAGGCGUCCCAACAAGCAUGAACUCGAGGCCGUACUCGCGCAUGCCAAAGUCCGUGCCGAGGCUCGCAAAGUCGCCCAAUCCCAUAACAGCGUCGGCCUCGGCCUCCCGCCCAAGCUCUCUCCAGCGCACGUCCGUACUCUCGCUGGGAAACCCGUACCAGCCUCUGGAGGUGCCCCUCCACACUUGAUGUUUGGCAGCACAGUUCGUCCGCAGAGCCCUGCCGCUGAGUCCGACCUGUUCUCGCCGGCGAUCCCGUUCUCCCCGGAGCUCGCGCUCGCGCGAAUUCCGCCAUUCCUCUUCGACGCACCGCCCACUCCAGCGGUCGCCCGCGUCCCACCAUUCCCGUCUGCGGUACUUCGGCCCACAUAUCCCACGCGCCCUCGCCUCUACAGAGGAGCGCCGUACGUGUCGCCCCGUCAGCCGCUCCUUCCGCCGCAUGCCUCUCAGAUUUUUUCACCCACCGUACCCAGGCUUUCCGCCCUCGGCACGUUCUUCAACUCCCUCUCGCCCGUCGUCGACAUCGGCGUGCAGCCCGCCUUCGCGAGCGAGCUCGAUCCUAUCGUAACCCCCGACGAGCUGGGUGCGCGCAACGUCCGUCUGACGCCUGGUGCGCCGACGGGCUGGCAAAUCGUCGGUACUAACACUGAUCCUGUCGUCGCUGCGAACGAGCUCGUGCUGCGGGACUGCCGGCUGACGCCUGGCGCGCUGGUCGGCUCCAGUAUCUCCACCCGUUCUGCGUCCCCCACAGUGCCGUCCAUUGGCACGCGAUCUGAUGGCGACUUUCAGUCCCCUACUAAGCCACACAGUCCGGUUGGGCUGGGGAUAUAUAUGGGUCUGGGAAGACGAGGAGAGAGCGACGAUGAGGGUACCUUGUACGAGUAAAGAUCUUAUCAUGAAUCAUCAUAAGCGCAUUUUUAAAAUCAUCGUAUGAGCCUUAUCCGCAUUGUGGCGAUAAACGUGGAACAUAUAUACUACAGUAAAUCCAAUCCAAACAUGAUACACAAGUGUGCUUGUGAGGUAGUAUGUGACGCAAUGUUCGUUCGGGUAACAAAAUGAGGUGAAGGUCCGACGCGCUCACUACGGCACGUUUUCAAUA